GCUCCCAGGAAACGACGCGCCGGGACACGGGGAGGUGGGGGUGGGAGGGUCCGUGGAUAUAAAAAGAGACGACUGACACUGACUCUCCACAGAGCCGAGGGAAAGUCACCGGAGCCCGAACUGCCCGCUGAACCCCGAUUAUCCACCAGAGUCUCCUUCACUUCUGCUGCUUUUGCCUGCAAAAGACAUGCUGCACGAAGAUAUCCAGGAGCUCCACACCUUCCACAGUGAUCCAGAUCCAUGCGUCACCUUGAAGCACAGAGCAGCUCCAUAUGAGAGGAACCUCGCUGAGGGUACCCGUCCCAGAGUGGUACGUCGGAUUUUCACCAACAGUCGAGAACGAUGGCGCCAGCAGAACGUGAAUGGUGCAUUCGCAGAGCUGCGACGUCUCAUACCCACCCACCCCCCAGACAGGAAACUCAGCAAGAACGAGAUCCUACGCCUCGCCCUCAGGUACAUCAACUUUCUGGACCAUCUUCUGACUGAGCAAGACCUCAGCGGGGCCCCACAGAGCCAGGCUGUGAGGCUGGAGGAAGAGGAGGAGGAAGACAGACUGCAGGGGACGCCAUCACCAAACUCCACCUGCGAGAGUUCAUCAGAGGGAGACUCUGAUGGGCUGAUGGGGGAGCUGAGGCAGCUCCAGUACCAGCAGGUACAGCUGAGCAGAUCGAGCAGAGAUCAGUUGAGACUGUUUCAUCACUCCAGAUGUGAAAGCCACUGCAGUCUGGGGUCAGACUGUUGCUCAUGUGCUCCAGUUCUUGAUUUUGAUUUGUAAUGCUGUGAAGAUCUGCUUGUUGCCAGUCAGCUGAUUCAGGUUCAAACACAAAGAUCUAAACAGACACUAACAAGACAGAAACCUUUGUCAUUUACAAGCUUUUUGUCAGACAAUGAAUCUACGUUAUUUCUGAAUGAUACACGACACUUCAUGCAGCAGACAGAUGAAUUAUUGAUCUUCAUGAAUAAAUGAUCAUAGGUCAGACAUACUGGCAGUAGGAACAUCUGGUUCAUAUUGUAAAUGUUUUGGGUUAAGCUGAUGAUAUUCUUCCCCAGUGAGGUGUACAGAGUGAAAGGGAAAUGCGGAUUUUAAAGGUCAUUUAAUACAUACUUGAGAUGUUAGUCUAGCUAAAUAAAAGUACAGAGUGAAGGCUGGUAGCUUUAAAAGUACACAUGCGUGCUAAUGUUUCAUGGAAUUAUACAUACAUAUAAAUUAUUCUAUAUUUAGUAAUUCACUAUUGAAAAAGUUCAUGUGAUAUUCACAUGUAUCAGUAUUAUUAGACGUGUGCUUUCCAUGUUGUUUGUGUGUGUUUUGAUAUUCAGGGUGAUGUUCUGCCAUGCAGCAGAAGAACCAGUAACCAGAUUCAGGUUCUUUCAUAUACGAGGAACCUUUGGUGAUUUUAAUGUUAAUAAAAAUGUCUUUUUGUCCACUGAUGAAAUCUGUGAUGAUGCACAGGUGUGAUGCUCUUAUCUGAAUACAGAUAAAUAAAAAAUACAUAGAAACUGA